AUGCUCGUGAUUCGUGCUGUUUUCAGAAAGGAUAAGAGUGAAAAGAAGCAUGUCGACGAUAACUUGCAAAGGAAACGCCAUUCUGGCAUGUUGUUUCCGCUACUUGAUGUGAGGAACCGAACUCUUUUCAUGGGCUUCGUGCUAGUGCUGUUCAUGGUUCUCUUCGUGAUAUCCUACCUCAUGCCGGACGGGGAGGAGCCCAGGGAACUCAAACCAGACCAUGAAGUCGGGAUCUCGAGAGAAGUGGCGCUGAAGGCCAAGGCCAAGGGUCACAUGAGUCAGUACAAGAUCCACAAGUAUCGCCCGUCGGAGCUCUACCAGAGGCCCUCGCUCCCCCAUGACCUCGGCAGCUACCACGACCGGUCAUACCCGGGCAAGAGCAUCCGAGCCGAAGAUCCUGUGGUGCAGAAUCAAUUGAGGUACAACCCAAGAGAGGAGGGUGGUCACCAUCACAGCCAAGGGCACCAGCAUGGCGCAGAGUUGCCGAAUCAUCAUUUCCAAUACAGUCCUAGCGAGCACAGUAGACAUCACUACAACCACGAAUACAGGAGGGAAGCAGAGCCGCAGGAUCAAUUGAAAUACAGUCCUAGCGAAGACAGUGGUAACCGGUACAGCCGCGAUCACCGGCAUCAGGAAGAGCCACAUACUUCGGAUCAUGCUGAAAAUAUCCUUCACUACAAGCCGAGGUCUUCUUCGAACUCUGGAUCAUCAUCAUCAUCAUCAUCAUCAAGCAAGUCUGAGAACAUGAACUUGUUGAAUCAAAUCUCGGAUACAACUGGACAAUCUCAAAACUGCAAAGAUGACACCAAAUGGGCUGACUUUCAUGGGAUGGGUUGUGAAGCAUACAGCCACCAUAGAUUGUGGUGUACGUUUUCCAUAUUGUAUCCUGAUCACAACGGUGUGGAUGCCUCCACUGCAUGCUGUGCAUGCGGAGGAGGGUCGUCGUCUCAAGUCGAGAAUGAAGGACAACCUCUGAUUGUCCCGCCUCCCAUCGACGAGAAAACAAUUAUAAGCUCGAGCUUGCAGAGUAGACACAAGUCGAUGCCAUCCGGACAGGACGAUUCAGAAGAGGAUGAGAGCACAAGAUUCGUGGAUCACGUCGACGAUGAUGCCGUCCCUGAUUCUGAUGUGCUAGAGGAUAUGGCAGAUGCCAUGUUCGAGGACAUGGACGUUGCUCCAACGGACAAUCAGGUCUAUCGUCUAGAGCUGAUUCACUUUCGACUGAGGCUGCUCUGGUGGACAAGAUCUCAUGGUCGGAGUGGUGGGCUGCAGUGCAUCGAGAUUUCCCAGAUGCGAACAAAGAAGAUGGUGGAGAGAUCUCUGAGUUAUGUUGAAUGUUGUCUGACGAGCGCUGGGCUCCCAGAGCAUGAGAAGUUCAAGUUGAUGGACAAGGAUCAUUCAUCGACCAUCGACAGGAGUGAAUUGAGGCUGGAUUGGUUAAGAGACGACAUCCAGUUUCUUGACUAUGCGGCGUUACACGAUCACCAUCGUCGUCGCAAAAGCCACAAGAAGACGUCAACCAGCGCUGAGAUCGCGAGAGAUCAGAAUGAGCCGAAGGUGGAGGACAAGACCCUCGGGCAGACGCUGAAGGACAUUGCAUGGAAGCUGUUCAAGGAGCGAGCACCGAAGCCUCACAGUUUGAGCAUCAAGAUGUAUCAGUCGCCAUCUGCAACAUGGUCGCAGGCUGACCGGCAGUGCAAGAGAUACCGCAAGUCGCUGUGCCCGACCUCCGUGCUGGAGAAGCUGCAAUUGUGCAACGACAAGGAUCCUCACCACGGCAACAAGUGGGUUCCCACCAACGAGCUCGGCAUGUGGAUAGAUCUCCACACCUGCUCCCUGCGCAACAUUGCAAAGGACAUGCGUCUCGAUUCGCUCAUCGCCUGCUGCUAA